AUGAUUGUUGUCUUCCUCCUCCCACAGUACCUCCUGCUGCAUGGUAAUGACGGUGGUGCAAGGAGUCCUUUGCUUUCCUUCUUUCCUUUGGUUUGUUAUUUGUUGCUUUUUGUCUUCGUUCUCGAUAUUUUUAUUUCUUAUUUUUGUUCUUUUGUUUUGACCUCGGACUUCCUGGACCCAGUGCAGUGGCGGGAAAGCACGGCACGCUGUGUGGAGACGGAAGAGACAAGGAAGCCAGGUAAGGAUCAGUCUACUAGUAGUAGUAGGGGCGAGGACGAACGACCAGCACUAGUCGAAAAUAAUACAAGGGCCAAGCUGCUAGCUAGCUGCAAGCUCAACAUUUCACCAAGCAAUUGCAAGUUGAGAUUUCAGACCAUCAGCGCUGGAGCUAAGCAGUCGUAG